GGUCUAGAACUGGGUCUGAAUCCAGAUCUGGAGAGGAGAGGAAGGUGGGGUCUGGAUCUGGAACCGGGUCUAGGUCUGGGUCUGGACCCGGAGGGGAGUAAGGGAAAUGGGGUCUAGAUCUGGGUCUGAGACUGGAAUGGGGUCAUGGGGGUGAGAGGGAGGUGGGGUCUAGAUCUGAAUUGGAUUGGAUCUGGUCUGGGUCUGGACCUUCAUCUGGGUCUGGGUUCAGAUUUGGGAGGUGGGGUCUGAACCUAGAUCUGGAUCUAGUUCUGGGGCUGGGGCUGACUACAUCCAGCCCAAUCUCUGCCUUGACUGUGAAGCCAGGGGCUGGAGCAGCCACAGAGCCAACAGAGAAUGGCUUGGGACUGGAUUGGCUUUGGCUAUGCAGCACUGGUUGCAUCAGGAGGAAUAACUGGUUAUAUUAAAGCAGGUAGUGUCCCAUCACUAGCUGCUGGUCUUCUCUUUGGCAGUUUAGCUGGACUAGGCGCUUACCAGCUGUCUCAGGAUCCAAAGAAUGUGUGGCUUUCCCUGGUUGCAUCUGGAACAUUGACUGCAGUUAUGGGAAUAAGAUUUUUCAACUCUGGAAAAUUCAUGCCUGCAGGAUUAAUUGCUGGUGCCAGUCUGUUAAUGGUUGGGAGACUUGGUCUGAAGAUGAUGGAAAAGCCACACGAUGAAUAACUGUGCAUAUGAUGUCACCUGAUAUGUGUACAGAAAGUGUGAAAGCGCAGCUGCCUGAAGAUGCUACACAAAAUGAACAGAGAAUAUGCAACCAUUUCUAAUAUCAAAUAAUAAUGUGAUUUUUUUGAAUUACUUUUUUUUGUACUAAGAAAAUUGAUUGGAGGGAUUUUUUAUAUACAAAAUGUCAUUUAUAUCGAGUCAGUCAGUAAUCUCUAUUGCAUGCUAAGAAAUUGAGUUAGUGUUAAUUUAAUUUUGCUGAUACGUUUUGCAAUGUAACCCUCCCACUUUGUUUGUCACUCAGAAAAUGUAUUGCAACAUUUUAGAAGGAAGGGAAACUUGGAGCCAAUGCAAUCAUAAAGAAAAUACCCACAUUAGGCCAGAAGGAGUACUUGCCCAAAUACAACACAGUCCAUAUGUAUGUCUUCUUUCAUAAUGAGUACCCAAACCAUGGAUAAGGAUGUGUCUGUAUAACACGCUAAUAUUUUUCUUCAACUUGUAUUGCAAAAUUAUGUUAAGCAAAAUGACAUUUAAGGAGACUGAUUUUAUUAUUAUUAUUUUUGUACUAGGAAAAACAGGAUUAGUAUUGCAAAACUCUUUCUGAUUGGGUAAUAUUGUGUCUGUUUUGUCUGUUUUCUUUCUUGUGUCUUUCCAAUGCAUAGCUAUCCACAUGCAGUCCUUGAUCACAUGUAAAAGACUCACCUCUUUAAGUGGAGGAGGAGAUGGAAUGAAGUAUGUGUACUCUGUUAACACUGCAUUAAAGCCUCUGUAAGAGGAUGCCUCUAUAGUAGAUUAUUUAAAUAAGCUGUGCUUCGGUUCAUGAACCAUUAAAAUGAGUCUAAAAUAUA